AUGGCGACGACCGCGAACCCGCCGCCGGGCGCGCUGGUGGUGGACGACUACACCACCCUGGACCCGUUCACGACCCAGGACGGCCACCGCCAGCGCUACUCGGCCUUCGACAACUCGCAGUUCUCGCUCUACCUCAACGGCUCCCCGGCGCAGGCCCGGCGCGCUUUGGAGGCGCAUCUCGCCGAGACGACGCGCCGGCUCCAGGAGACAUCACACCUGGGCAAUGCGCUUGUCCAGCAGCGCCAGGAGCUGGAGGAGCGGCUGAAGGAGGUUGAGGGGCAGCAGGCAGACAACGACAUCGGACCAGAGCUGCGCUCACGUCUGGCCGAGCUCGAGAAGGAGUUCAAUGAGGUCGGCCGCGAGACCGCUCGCGCCUUUCUCCCAAAAUCUCGCGUCCCCAGUGGCGAGACGGAUCCCAAUGGCUCUGUUUAUGCCAGCGAGGCCCUGCAAUCGCCCACCAAAGUCAGCGUUCCAUCCCGCAAGCAACGGAACCAGCAGCCGAACCGCAUCCAGGAUAUCCACCUGGCCACCGAGAUCUCUACUUCGUUGUUGUCGCAGCUCAAGGAGCUCCAGGCUGUUCUUUCGGAGAAGGAUGAGGCGCUCAAGUCUGCCGAUCUGGAACGGGCGAAUCUGGAAAUCGAGGUUGAGGGUCUCUCGCAGCGUUUGCGGACCCUGGAUGAGAGCGACUCGCGCUUGAAGGACGUCAACUGGAAUCUCGAAACCCAAGUGCGGGAUUUCGAGGCGAUGUCCAAGUCGGCGGCCGACAAGGAGAACCGUCUUACGCAUAUCCUGAACCUGGCGCGAUCCGAGAAGGCGUCUUUGGAGCGAGAGUUCGAGGAGCUCAAGGGCAUGCACGCAAAGCUCAACGACGAUCACAUCAAUAGGGUCAAGCAGCACGAGACGGAACUGUCUGGUCUGCGACGCAAUGUACUCAUGGGAGAGUCUGAGCGCAAUGCUCUGCAGCGCAAGGUGGAGGAGCUGUCUAAUCAGAACCAAGAGCUUGCGAAGGCCGUUGCCUAUCGAAUGAGAGGCGACGAGCACAACACGCCUGACGAAGCGUCCCCAGAUGAGAGCUUUAACGAGGGAAAUGACCUUACUCCUGAGCACUCUCCGCCACCUUCCCCAAGCAAGGCGACUCCCCGUCACGGCCAACUCGAAUCGGAGACGCUCAAGCACUCGCUGCAGCAUGCUCACCGCAUGAUCCAGCAGCUCAAGAACACCGUCCACCGUGAGAAGACCGAGAAGAUCGAGUUGAAGCGCAUGCUUCAGGAUGCCCGUGAUGAGAUCGAGACUUCUCGUACUGACGCCAAGGCCCCCGGAAGUGCAGCUAAGCGCAAGAAGAGUGAGAAGGAGCUGUUCAAGAAGCCAGCUCGUCCGGACCGUCUCGGUGCAUUGAGGCAAGGCACGCAAGAAGUCGUCAUGGAACUCGAUGACGAUGAGUGGGAGGAGCAAGACAUUAUUCCAUCUCCCAGCAAGCCUCAACGCCCUCACCACUCGGUCCCCGGAGCCUUCCACAGCGGUUACACUUCCAUGGCUGAGGCAAGCGCGAACGAAGCCUUCGAAACUGCCAAUGAGGUUUCUGACGCCGACUUUGAGACUGCCAACGACGAUGGUACGACGACGGAGACUGAUGCUUUCCAGACUGGUGCCGAGACUCUCGAUGGCGAGAGCAGUGAUGAGAUGACCGAGACUGAGAUUGGAUCGACUCAAGGAACCGUCAGGAACAGAUCACCGGUCGCAAGACGCCAGGAUAUGUACGAAAGUACCGCCUCCAACUCUGACUACGACUCUGAAAGGGACACACGGGCGUCUGGUAGCCAAGGCCGCAACUCGUUCAGGUUCUUGCGCCCAGGUAGCUCUCGCAAGUCGGUUGCGACACCCAGGGGAAGUCUUCAGGACCUCUUCCAUCAUGGGACACCACCCCCUAAGACGAGGGGCUCUCCAAUCAUCAACAGCAAUCAAAGCACUCCUGCCCAGGGCAGGAGUCUGUUCGCUGAACUGGAUGGUCUGAGUGGCGGCGAGGACACGGACAGUGUUGAGGGUACACCGAGUCGAUCGAGCAUUGCAUCUCCUGAAUCUACGUAUGAGAAGGGCGUGCUUGGGCGGUCGGCUCUGCAGCGAACCAUACCCAUGGUGGCUAUGGUGGACUCUGGCACGAUGACCGAGCUUCAUGUGCCACAGCAUGUUAGCGUUUCGUCGAUCCACAACAUCCAUGAUGUCUCACCCCAGGUUCCUGCGCCAGCAGCGCUCCACCUGUCGCCUUUGGUCAGCCAGGGUACAAAUCCGGCAGCGCCACUCCCGCAGCAGCUCAAGCUUUCGGCGCACGCAUCCAACCACACAGAGCCAAAGCUUGUGUUGCCGCCAUCGCUCAACAUCUCCAACGUCUCUGGACACGAGUCGUCUCCCAGAUCCCCUGCAAACGUACCUCUGGUCAUCUCAUCCAUGUCCGCUCAUGAUACGUCACCACGGAUCCCCACAGCGCCGUCCCUUGGUAUCUCCACCAUGGAGGCUCACCACAGCCAACACACCUCACCACAGUCUGCACCCGCGCCAACCUUCAACCUUUCUUCCAUCGCGGGCCAUGCUACGUCUCCGCGCGCCGUGCCUCCUCCCGCCCUCGGCGUCUCCUCGGUCUCUGGCCACACCACCGAGCCUCGCUCUGUGCCCGCGCAGGUCUUCAACCUCUCCUCGGUCUCUGGCCAUGAGACGCAGCCCAAGGCUGUUCCCGCUCCCUCGUUCAACAUCGAGCCGAGAGAUGCUCCUCGACAGGUGUUUGGGUUGUCCUCGGUAUCAGGACACCAGAGUGAGCCGGUGGAUGCUCCUCGCCAGGCUUUCAAUAUGUCCUCGGUGGCAGGACAUGGCAGUGAGCCCAAGGAUGCUCCUCGACAGAUGUUCAACAUGUCCUCGGUGUCGGGACACGCAAGCGAGCCCCGCGACGCUCCUCGUCAAGUAUUCAACAUGUCCACGGUCUCAGGCCAUGAAAGCGAGCCCCAGGAUGCUCCACGACAGGCGCAAGCUCCGCUGGGACUGUCGAGCUUCUCGGCGCAUUCGACGGAGCCCACCGAUGUGCCUCGCGCACCGCUGUCGUCUUUCUCGACGAUGAGUUCGCAGGCAACAGAGCCUUACAAGGCGAGACAGACUCCCCAUCAGUUCUCGAUGCACUCUUCGCAGGCGACGGCGCCGUUUGCACCGAAGCCCCCGCAGUCACUGCAGCUUUCGUCGUUCGCUUCCGAAGCCACCAAGCCAGUCACACCACAGCCAGCUUCGUCCCAGCUGUCCACCGUCUCUUACCAGGCAUCUGAGCCUGUUGAGGCACCGAAGCUUGCACGACCAGUCUUCUCGACUAUGUCUUCUCAGACCACCGACCCCGUCCAGCCGAGGUCAGCACCUUCGAAUCUCUCGACGUUCUCUUCGCAGACCACCGAGCCGUUGGCGCCCCAAGGAAUACCCCGAUCUGGAGUGUCGCUCGUCACAGCUCAACACACUGAGCCCUUCCAGCCUACCGCGGGUCAGCCGGCCUUCUCAGACGUAAGAACUCUGCAAAGUCGCGAACCUGAGUCGCCUACUGUGCCCUCAUUCCUUCCCACCCCUAGCCGACCAUCCACCGCGAGCCGACCAUCUACUGCGAGCCGUGUCACACCGUCGUUGUCGCUGUCAACACUUUCUACCCAAGUCACUGAGCCAAAGGUACCUUCGAGGCCUGUGACCGCGCACCGAGAUGGGCCUAAGCCGUGGACGCUUGAUUUCUCGCAAGCAACACAGCCGUGGCCUGACAACAAGUCGGUGGAAGCGGAUCAAAUUCCCUUUGCUGACAAGGACGCUCGCUCGCCGCUUACACCUAUCAGCGCUGAUGCGGUGCGUAGUACACCACGCUCAACUAUGUCUGAUGGUGGUACCCAAACCAUGGUCUCGGCCGAUCAAAUUGACAGGCUAUUGCUAGCUCGUAGCAGCUCCAGGUACUUGGGAGCUGGUAUCGAAAAGUCAGUGUCGCCACCCUCUUCACCAAGCAGAAAGCAUUCAAACGAGCGCCUUCCCCGACGCCCUGGCAGCUCUAGUAGCAUACGCUCUCGCGCUGCCUCCCCACCACCACUGCCAGCCGACCACAGACAGGUUAUUGCCGCUGCGGCGCUUAAGCAGCCACUCGUACCAUCAACUCCAGGAACGAUGGGCCCUCCUGCGGUCCCGGCAUCAGCUUACAAGAAGCCUUCGACACCUUCGCUCAGGGCUGGCACAGCAACAUUGACCCCCGGUACUACGCCACGCGCGCGUCGCCGAUCCACCAACCGUGGUGAGGGUCACAGCAGAGCUUCUUCUCCGAUCAGCCGUCGUUCGUCAAUUUCUUCGUUCACGUCUGAGGUCGACCAACGCUUUAACAUGGCAGGUGGACCAUCAUUCGCGCCUCCUGGGAUCCCCGCUGGUGCCACUGAUCCUCGUAUGAUCCAGGCAAUUACUCAAACUAUGAUCGGCGAGUAUCUCUGGAAAUACACCCGCAAGACCAUGGGUGGUGGUAUGUCUGACACACGCCAUCGCCGAUUCUUCUGGAUUCACCCCUACACAAGGACCUUGUACUGGAGCGAUAGGGACCCUCAGACAGCCGGCAAGACAGAGCUGAAAGCGAAGAGUGUGGCGAUUGAGUCUGUCGAGGAGGUCGAAGAUUUGAACCCUACGCCUCCUGGUCUUCACCAGAAGAGCUUGAUCGUGACUACGCCUGGCCGUGCAAUCAAGUUCACCGCAGCUACAGGCAAGCGUCACGAGACGUGGUACAAUGCGCUCCACUACCUAUGCCAAAGAGUAGAAGAGGGCAGCGAGGAGCAGAAACUACCCGAGUCUCCGUCUGCCAAUGAAAUUCAAGACGAGUUCAACGGUGGAUACCGGAGCGCAUCGCGAGCUACUGGUCGGUCGAGGACGUCCCGUAUGAGCCGAAACACGACUGUGAGCCGCGACGAGGUUCCUACCCUUCGACAACAUCAUGUCACACCGCAACGUGCAGCUUCGACUGAGCCUGGUCAGACAGGCUCCCUGACCGGAUCCAUGAGUGGCCGAUUUAGCAGCAUGCUCCGACCAAACUCGGCUAUGCGAGGCUCAUUCACGAGUCGCCGCAGCCGGAUCGACGAAGACACGUUCGACGAGCCAAGCAUUGCCACCAUCGAUCUCAGUCGCGAGAUACAUGACCAAGUCGAGCGCGACAUGGAAGGCCUGGUUAACGUUCGGGCAUGCUGCGACGGCAAGCAUGAUGUAGCCCAUCUGCACAUGCACUCGAUGAAGCACCGACCUAAUAGCCUCAGUGCUCCGAGCAACCGGCCAUCGUUCAUCGGCUCGUUGACUUCACGCUCAAGCUCGCGCGCAGACACCCGGGCCGAGUCGCGUGCAGAUACCCGGGCUGAGUCGCGUGCGGAGUCGCGAGCAGAGUCGAGAACCGAGUCCAGGACCGAGUCACGCAUAGAAGCUCGCAACGACCGACAUGAUGCCUCAACUUCCAGCGCUGGUGGUUAG